AAAAACCCUAGCCUUGGUUCACUGAUUUAUAACUGAGUUCAGCACGCCCCCUCCUUCGUGCAUUUGGGAGAGAAAGGGAGCAGAAGCCCUUCGUGCAACAAAAACCCAAAAGGCCAAAACCCUAGCUCCUUCGACGGUUCCACCACCGCCGUCCGUGGUUGUCCGCGCCUCCGCGGCUUUCCUCUUCGACCUGUCCCAAACCCUCAGUUCUAUCUCGGCUCGGCGUCCAUCAUCCAUCCUCCCGCAGCAUCUCUGUUCGAGCUGCUCGCCGUCGUCGUCCUGCUCUCCGUCGCGCUCCACCACCGUCGAAGUCCAGUUCUCAGAACCUUGCUAGUGCCACCUUCUUUGACGGCUGCAACAAAAUUGAGCUUAUAGCCAAUAAUGCCCCUUUGGUUGUCUUCGUUACCGGCGGAUAUAUGGGUAUCCACUAUCCUGUCCAGUGUGGCCGCCACCACAGUCACUGCCGCAUCCAUCCUCUUAAUCUACAAGUCUCACCUCUGCCCCCACAAAGAGAACCUCAUAACAGUCCAUCAAGAACAACCGAAACGCAAUACAUGUGGGAAGAUCCUAUUCGUCUCCCAGAUUGGAACCUCAAAAGCGUUUGCGAAGCGCCUCUACGAGUUUUUAGCCUCAGAAAUGCACUUCCGUAAUUGCGUGUAUCUAGAGUUGGUAGAUGCACGGAAUUAUGAGCCCGAAGAGCUACCCAAAGAGAACAUCGUCCUCCUCGUCGCUUCAAAUUCGGAACAUUGGAAACUAGCUCCGGAGUGCAUCAUCACUGGAAACAGCUACCUAACUUACGGAGCAGAGGACUUCGUUAGUUGGAUCCAGGAUAACGCGGAGAACUUUGGGAGUGGGGUUUUUGUUGUGAACGCUUGCAGUUUCAGUGUGUUUGGUGUAGGCAGUAGUGUUUCUGAAGGUGGCAAGAAUUUGAUGGCUAAGGCCGCCAAUCGCAUUAGGGAUUUUGGUCAGGCUGCGAAAUUCGACGCUGCUUUUGAUUUUGACAACUGGUGGCAAGGGGUUGUUGCGGUCUUGAAAGGUGCAGUUCUUGGGGAUACUGUUGCUGAUGACAAGUGCGAGCAAUCUGAACCCGAGUUCCAGGAUCAUGCUGGUUGUUGUGAUCCAAAACGCAUAUAUAUGUUGGUGGAAAAUGUGGAUGAUGGAGAUAGAAGUACAACCUACAGGCGCCGAAUGCUAACUAUCACUGAGGCCAACUUCAUGAAUAAUGGCACUGUUGAUCUUGAAGACGGAGGUCUUGUGACUGCCCAAUGGCGUCUUCCAGAUGGUGCAACAAGCAAGUCUGGAUUACCAUUUUUUGAAGGAUUUUGUUCCCUUGGUCUCAGUUUAUUCUUUGCUGGUAGGGACCUGGAUCAUAUUGAAAGAGGAUGGAAGCAACUCACCUCUGGUGAGGACACAAAACUGUGGUGCCUCGAGUAUGAUGGUUCUGCUUGGAUUUGGAGUUUAUGCAGAAGCAUGUUCUUCCCCUGCUCAACGGCUUGCCCCAUGGUAAUCCCAUACGAUGGCAAGUUGUGCAUCAUUCAGGGUAGAAGAAUAUGGGUUGAUAUCUACCAUCCAAAAUCAGAAUUUUGGGAAAAAAGGGAAGUACCCGAGAGUGUGCACUUGUGGCCUCACUCUUGCUUUUUCUGGGAAACCCUCAUUGUGUAUUCGGUUGAUGAUGAGAAUCAAUGGCUCAUGUCAUAUGAUUUGAAUGCCAACAUUUGGAGCCCCAUUGAGUGCAAUUUUCCACAUUACUGGGGUUGUAGAAAACUCGUUCGUUUGGGUUGCAGUGAUUAUCUUCUUAUUAUUGACUUUAUCACUAUUUGGUACAUCUAUGAUUUGUCUAAGAAGAAACUCGUGGCAAUUGUGCAUAUGAAUGAGUUGGAUGAGAUUGGGAUGGUGUCUGACGUUUUCUGUUGUCACCACACAAGCAAGGAAAGUCUGAUCUAUGUCUUCAUUAAUCCAGAUCAAAUGGAUCUUGAGGAAAUGGAUAUUGAGAAAGAGUCAUCAUCUAAUCAUAUUAACAUUGUUCCUUAUGCCAAAGUCAAGCUCCAAACCGAUGGUAACUUUUCUGCUAAGGUUGAAUCCAAGGGUAAUCUUAAAGUUGGUCCCUAUUGGAAGUACAAUGUGUUUGCUGCUGUAGACCAAGACAUUAAAGGGAGGACUACUGUAGCAUAGAUGUUGCUGUUAGGAAUAUGUUUUCUUGAACAGAGUAGAUGUAUUAUUCUUAUCACAUAGUUUUAAGACCGAGUUACUUUUUUGUGUCUCUUAUGACGAGGAUUGAGGUUAUUCAACAACUUUUCCGAUUUUA